GACGCCAGAAGCAGAAGAGAACAAUCUCCUCGCUCCCUUUCCGUGGCACGCGGCCGCGAGAGGCCUCUCCCCUUUCUUGAAGCCACGGCAACCCCCCGAACAAACCCCCAAUUACAACGACGCACCACCGCACCGCACCCCAUCUCCAUCGCCACCGCUUUUAAAUCCCCACCGCCGCGAACGGAUCGAACGGCCGGCCUACCCACCCUCUACCUGCCAGCCAGCCUAGGGUUUUGAGUCCGCCCCCCUCCGCCGCGCACCAUGGGCCCCGACGAGCUCCCCAAGGCCGCCGCCGCCGAGGAGGCCGCCCCGUUCUCCUUCAGCAUCUGGCCGCCGACGCAGCGGACGCGGGACGCCGUGGUGCGGCGCCUGGUGGACACCCUGGCCGGCGACACCCUCCUCUGCAAGCGCUACGGCGCCGUGCCGGCCGCCGACGCCGAGCCCGCCGCGCGCGCCAUCGAGGCCGAGGCCUUCGACGCCGCCGCCGUCACCGGCGGGGCCGCCGCCUCCGUCGAGGAGGGCAUCGAGGCGCUGCAGCUCUACUCCAAGGAGGUCAGCCGCCGCCUCCUCGACUUCGUCAAGUCCCGCUCCGCCGCCGCCAAGGCCGAGCCUCCCUCGGAGGAGGCGCCCGCCGUCAAGGAGGAGACCUCCGAGGCCUGAGCCCCGGACGAGGACAUUCGUUUCGUUUAUGCUUCGAGAUAAAAUUCGUUUACAUCUAGAGUUCGUGUGCGGCGUUGGCCUCUGCUUGGGAUGAGUUGCCUGUAGGUUGUUGGCGUGCCUGUGCUGUUAUUGUUCUUUCAGUAGCUGCUGGUUACCCUUUUUUUUAGUGUGUUCGUUAAUUACUCCCGUUUGUAUCUGUGAACAAGAAUUAUCUUCACCUUGUCGUGGCAAUGAUCAAGAUUUCACCGGAA